ACUCUGAGAUAAAACAGCCCACGCUAGUGCCUACCAAACAGUGCAAGCCAUUUCCAAAAGUGAAAUAUUGAAAAUCAGAAACCCUGGCACUCCUGGCUGCGCUCCACCGACCUGUCUGCACGUACGUGACGCAUGGGGAGGGGGGAAGACUACUUAAAGGCGGAUUAACGCUGGCAAGACAUUAAAUCCAACCUCCCUCCAUCCAGACGCAGCGCAGCCCAUCAACCUGAUCUGAAGAUCGAAAAUAGGAGGGCUUAUAGUAAUCAGCCCUUUAGACUCCCAUGACAAGGAAAAGUGUGGCCGCGUCGUGGGAGCGCUCGGCACACACAGCAGGACGCUCGCUGGCGCUGCGCGCUCAGCUCAUAACCAAGCAGAUAGCGCGCAGACAGACGGAGAGGAGCGGGGACGGCGGCAGCAUCCCGUGACGGAUGCAUUUUCUUGCUAAAAACGGACGCUUUGGAGACUGACUACAACGAGAGUCAGUGAGAAGUAGGACGGGAAAUAACGCGCUUUUUUUGGAGGGAUUUGAACAGAGUGCCGUUGUGCUCUAGUCUUCUCCGGAUGCUCAGAAAUGGGGGAAUGGACUAUACUAGAGAGGCUCCUGGAGGCUGCUGUCCAGCAGCACUCUACUAUGAUAGGAAGGUAAGAUGAUGAGCAAAAAGACCAAGAAGAAUCGCAGCAGCCUCCAGGAUCGUCUUUAGCAUGGCUCCCAGUCCCCCGUUUCUGUCUUGUGAACCAAGGAUCUUCUGUAGCAUGGUGCCCAGUCCCAGUCGUGUCUGUGUUGUGGAUUUUUUGUCUUGUUUCACAGAUUCCUUUUUUCCUUCACCACCUCCUAGUCGAGGCAGCUAAGUAAACCAGUUGACAGCUGUCUUUUCAGUGCCUGGGAUGGUGCUGCACACAGCUUACACUACACCUGAAAUUCAUGUCUCAUUUCACAUGUUCACCCAUCCACCUUUUGCUUCUGAUGUGUGUGAGCGUGAGUGGUGGUUGUGUAAAAAUUGAGAUGUGUUUCAUUGAGAAAGCUCUCACAUGUAGAGUCAAAGCAACGCCGGUUGCUUACAUGUCAUUUCAGCCAUUAAAUCACAUUCAUACAAAACCCUACAUACACAUAGAUGCAGGGAAAACAACACAAACCAGUCAAAAAAGACACACACACACAUAGCAUCUGUAAGAGCGUCCUGUUUCAGCACUGGACAGCUCCCCAAAUCCAACACACACCCUGUGAAUUGGACAGUGGUCGCCUCAGCCAGAGGCAGCGCACAAGUGAACCAAAUUUGUAUCACUUUAGUCACUAAUUCAUACACUUAUUUUCACAUUUGUGUGUUUGUUUGCUUGCUUUUUAGGAUCCUACUAACAGUGGUGGUCAUCUUCCGGAUUCUAAUCGUAGCAAUAGUUGGAGAGACUGUCUAUGAUGACGAGCAGACCAUGUUUGUUUGUAACACCUUACAACCGGGCUGCAACCAGGCAUGCUACGACAAGGCAUUCCCCAUUUCACACAUUAGAUAUUGGGUUUUUCAAAUCAUCAUGGUGUGCACCCCGAGUCUUUGUUUCAUCACGUACUCGGUGCAUCAGUCGGCCAAGCAGAAGGAGCGGCGCUACUCGACGGUCUAUCUGACGCUGGAUAAGGAUCAAGAUUCCCUGAAGCGAGACGAGAGCAAAAAGAUAAAGAACACCAUUGUAAACGGAGUACUCCAGAACACGGAGAACUCCACCAAAGAAGCCGAGCCGGACUGUUUGGAAGUCAAAGAGAUCCCUAAUGCGGCCAUGAGAACUACAAAGUCCAAAAUGCGGCGGCAGGAGGGCAUCUCCAGGUUUUACAUCAUCCAGGUGGUGUUCAGAAACGCGCUGGAAAUAGGCUUUUUGGUGGGUCAGUAUUUCCUGUAUGGAUUCAACGUCCCGUCCGUGUACGAAUGUGACCGCUACCCGUGCAUCAAAGACGUCGAGUGCUAUGUGUCCAGACCCACGGAGAAAACCGUGUUCCUGGUCUUCAUGUUCGCAGUGAGUGGGUUUUGCGUGGUGCUCAACCUGGCAGAACUCAAUCACUUGGGGUGGAGGAAAAUCAAAACGGCCGUGCGGGGUGUGCAGGCCCGGAGGAAGUCAAUUUAUGAGAUCAGAAACAAGGACUUGCCUAGAAUGAGUGUGCCCAAUUUCGGGCGCACACAGUCCAGUGACUCUGCCUAUGUGUAGCUCCAAAAACAUGUACAAAAUAUAAACCCAGGAUGGACAUGAUGGACAGCUCCGCACGCCUAAUUCGUGUCAUGACUUAAGAGUGGGCAGAUUUUUUGUUUUUUUCAUUUCUUGGUCUUUUAAGGACUCAUAGCAAGCGUGAAAUCCACGUUUGUUGACUUAUUUAUUAUUGCACUGAUGCAACUUUUUAGUAACGUUUAUACUCUGUAAGAUGCGUAAUGGAGACCAUGACAUAGCGUGUUCACAUAUUUACUCUUUGUGGGCUGUUCUGCUGUACUUGAAGAGAGUAAAAUGCAAAAAUUGCACUAAGAAGUGAACACUUGAGAGCUUGGUGACCUUAUCCAAAAUGUGCUACAGAGCUGACGGUGUUUUUAAAGAAUUUAUUUCCAUCUUUUUUGGCACAAACCCAAAUAAAUGGCACCCUACACAGUGGUUAAAGGACAAAUCUACCAUCCAGAUUUAUAUAUGUGCAUAGAUAUAUAAAUCCUACUUACUAUGGUUGAACUAAAUCAGCGUAAUUCAUGUUUUUGUUGCCUGUGUUGCACCACUGACCUUAACAUAUGUAACCAUUCCAUCGCUUUAUAGCUGACUUGCAAAACAGUACAUGGUAAAUUUGCUGCAAACGCUAACGUCUGUGACUUCCUUAAUUUAUGACACACCAAAGCGCCCACUGCUUUUAUUUGUGAAGUGUUUUCUUGCUUUUUUGUGUAAUCAAGUGCCAUACUUGUAUAUAAACAUAAUAUAUGUAUACAUAUAAAUAUAUAAAUAUAUAAUAAUCAUCAUGGAAGCUGAUUCCCUGCUUGGAUUUAUGCUAAAUGCCGCCCAAUUUUUUUAUUUGCUUUAAAUGUAUUUGUUGUGAUUUCAAUGAAAAAGAAGAAGAAUAAGAUAUACAGUUUUCUCUGUUUUCUUUUGCAAAUGACUGGAAAAAAAAAGAAAUUAAGUGCAAGUCCUUUUUUUAUAAACAACAUAUAUAUGUCUCCCUCAAAUCACAGCUGAUUGAAACUGGACAAAUAGCACAAAUUGACUUUUUUUUCAAAGAACGGGCGAUUUCAAUCUGCUCAGGUGCUACAGUUUUUCAUAGAAUGGUUUUAAAUGUAACCAAAACUAACCAGAAAAAAAAUAAGACAUCUCUUUUUUUUCUGUGGAAAAUAAAAGUGGGAUUCAUGUACACCAGAAAUGU